UGUAUAUUCAACAGAUCUAAACAACAUCGACUUUCAAACCACGUUUGGAAUAGAAUUUAAUGAAUAAGUUCUGUCAUUACGUCAACGUUGUGUUAUUUUUGGGUUGAACGUGAAGGCCAACCGUUUAAUUGAUUUUUAUCCUGUAGUGCCGAUUGCGCACACUCUGAAAAUUGUUGAGCUAUAGUUUUCUAUCAUUAUGUGUUACAUUAUAUUAUAAUUAAUUUUCUUUGCUAUGGACUAUGAUAAUUCUCACCUGUGAUUCUGGUAGGAUGUCAUUGAAAUCUGUCGUCUGCUAACAAUGUGGACCUAGACCUACUUGACUAUACUUGUAAUAUUGUGUCGUUGUAUUGUAUUAGUAACUUACGAGGAUUUAACCUCUCUGUAGCAUGGAAUUUUAACAGGGAAAAAUUUUCCUUUUUGAACGGUGCUAUUGUGCAUAAAUAAACAUCAACACCAUUUAUUUAUUCAACGUAUAUUUAAAAAAAAUUCGAUUAGUGGUUGUUGAACCUGUUUAAAAAUGAUUUUAUAAACAUUGAUGUUUAUUUGUUGUAGUUAUAAGUUGAUCAAUCAAGAGUUUAAGCCUAGCUCAAAUCAGUAAUUAAUGUUGUAAAUUGUUAUAAUUCAACUAAUCAUGGCUUUUUAAUAUUUGGAAUAUAUAUCAAUUGUUACCAGUUCAUUGUACAUGAAAUGACCAAGACAAGUGUUGUAAAAUGGUGUUUACUUUUGAAUUAAUAAAGACAAGACUUAUUUUAAGUUAGAUAUCGGUGAUGAAUGGUAAAGAAAACUCAUUAUUAGAGGAAUGUCCUAUACUGAACUGGAACAUGGUUAUCAAGGUCUGCGGAAAGCUAGGCCAUCUUUUUAUGUAGGGGAAGAUGCAGCAAAUAUCAGAUUGGUGAAAAGUAGGGGUGACCUCAGUGAGCUGAACGAUGACGAUCUCUGCGUUGAAGAGGGCAAACAGGUGGUUGUGGGGGUUUGUGCCAUGGCUAAGAAAUCCCAGUCGAAGCCCAUGAAAGAGAUCCUCACCCGGCUAGAAGAAUUUGAAUAUAUCAAGAUGAUUGUAUUUCCAGAAGACGUAAUCUUGCAGAAACCUGUGGAGGAAUGGCCAAUGUGCGAUUGCUUGAUUUCAUUCCACUCGAAGGGGUUCCCUCUAGAGAAAGCCAUCCAGUACGCAGUGCUCCGCAACCCUUUCAUUAUCAACAACCUUGAUAUGCAGUUUGACAUUCAGGAUCGAAGACGGGUGUAUUCUAUCCUGGAGACGGAAGGAAUAGAGAUACCACGCUAUGCAGUUCUAGAUAGAGACUCCCCGGACCCCAAACAUCAUGAAUUGGUGGAGUCAGAAGAUCAUGUGGAGGUCAACGGUGUGGUGUUCAACAAGCCCUUUGUUGAGAAGCCAGUGUCGGCUGAAGACCAUAACAUCUACAUUUACUAUCCCACCUCAGCUGGUGGUGGCAGUCAGCGACUGUUUCGAAAGAUUGGAAGUCGUAGCAGUGUAUAUUCUCCCGAGUCCAGGGUUCGAAAAACCGGAUCCUUUAUUUACGAGGAUUUCAUGCCAACUGAUGGGACAGAUGUCAAGGUGUACACGGUAGGGCCAGAUUAUGCUCAUGCAGAGGCUCGCAAAUCCCCGGCACUCGAUGGAAAAGUAGAGAGAGACAGUGAAGGCAAGGAGAUCCGUUAUCCUGUCAUCCUCAGCAAUGUGGAGAAACUUAUUUCUAGAAAAGUCUGCAUGGCAUUCAAACAGACAGUUUGUGGCUUUGAUCUACUAAGGGCAAAUGGGAAAUCAUUUGUAUGCGAUGUGAAUGGAUUCAGCUUCGUAAAGAACUCCAACAAGUACUACGAUGACUGUGCCAAGAUUUUGGGCAAUAUGGUGCUGAGAGAGUUGGCUCCUACAUUACACAUCCCAUGGUCUGUGCCCUUUCAGCUGGAUGAUCCCCCCAUCGUCCCUACAACCUUUGGCAAGAUGAUGGAGCUUCGUUGUGUUGUUGCUGUGAUUCGCCAUGGAGAUAGGACUCCCAAACAGAAAAUGAAAGUCGAAGUUCGUCAUCCUAAGUUCUUUGAAAUAUUUGAGAAGUACGGUGGGAACAAAGAUGGCCAUGUGAAACUGAAGAGACCCAAGCAACUGCAGGAGAUAUUGGAUAUAGCACGGUCAUUGCUGAGCGAGAUAGAGCACAGAGAGGCAGAUCCAGAGAUUGAGGAGAAGCAAGGAAAGCUAGAACAGCUCAAGAGUGUCCUGGAGAUGUACGGUCACUUCUCUGGCAUCAACCGGAAAGUCCAGAUGAAGUACCAGCCCAAAGGUCGACCCAGAGGUUCCAGCAGCGAUGAUGGUUUGCCAAAGAAGCCAUCUCUUGUACCCUCAAGGAAUGGAGAGUUGACUCCAGGUAGCCAGGUACAGGUCGAGGAGCAUGGCCGCAUUUUUUCCUGCAUGAAUCAAAGUGACCAAGAUGUUCCAAAGGAGCCAUCUCUUGUACUAAUCCUCAAGUGGGGUGGAGAACUGACCCCAGCUGGUCGAGUGCAGGCCGAGGAGCUUGGCCGCAUUUUCCGCUGCAUGUACCCAGGCGGCCAAGGUAGACAUGCCAGUGGUGAGUAUGCAGGCACACAAGGGUUGGGGCUGCUGAGGCUGCACUCCACAUUCCGCCACGACCUCAAGAUCUACGCGUCGGACGAGGGCCGUGUGCAGAUGACGGCCGCCGCAUUCGCCAAGGGGCUGCUUGCACUUGAGGGGGAGCUAACCCCGAUAUUAGUGCAGAUGGUGAAGAGUGCCAAUACCAACGGUCUGUUGGACAACGAUUGUGACGCUAGCAAGCACCAGAACAUGGCCAAAGCCAGGCUCCACGAGAUGAUGCAGCAGGACCGGGUGUUCACGGUAGAGGACAGGGAGGUCAUCAACCCUUGCCACUCCAUCAGCAUCAACACUGCCAUGGACUACGUCAAGAACCCAGUCAAGUGCUGUGAGAGAGUACAAGACCUCAUCCAGCGACUCAUGAACAUUGUACGCACAAAGAAAGACGACCCAAAAACUAAAGAUGCAGUCUUAUAUCAUGGAGAAACUUGGGAUUUAAUGAUGCGUCGGUGGGGAAAGAUUGAGAAAGAUUUUUGCACAAAGAACAAAACAUUUGAUAUCUCCAAGAUUCCUGACAUUUACGAUUGCAUCAAGUACGAUCUGCAGCACAACCAACACACGCUGCAGUUUGACCAUGCUGAGGAGCUGUACAUCAAUGCUAAGAAUUUGGCAGACAUAGUCAUUCCUCAGGAAUAUGGUCUGACUAAAAAUGAAAAACUAACUAUAAGCCAGGGAAUCUGUACACCUCUCCUGAAAAAAAUUCGUGCGGAUCUUCAGAGAAACAUUGAAGAGUCUGGUGAUGAAACUGUCAACAGAUUAAACCCAAGGUAUUCAUACGGAGUGUCCAGUCCCGGGAGACAUGUUCGUACUCGCCUCUACUUCACUAGCGAGAGCCACUUGCACUCUUUGCUCACCGUGCUACGCUACGGUGGUCUGCUUGAUGUGAGCAACGAUGAACAGUGGCGUAGGGCUAUGGAGUACGUUUCCAUGGUUUCUGAGCUAAACUACAUGUCACAAGUGGUCGUUAUGCUUUAUGAAGAUCCAACAAAGGACCCAUUCUCAGAAGAAAGAUUCCAUGUGGAACUCCACUUCAGCCCCGGAGUGAACUGUUGCGUGCAGAAGAACCUGCCCCCUGGGCCUGGAUUCCGUCCCCACAGCCGCAAUAACCAAAGCAAGCAGCAUCUUAGUCGCAUCGAUCAAGAGGACACCACUCCAGAUGAUACCCCAGUCCAGUCGGACUCUUCUGGGGGCUCUGACGGUUCUCCGUUUCUCAUCAAGAGACCCGUGGCAUUUACAGAAUGCAGAAGAACAUUGGUCUCUGAACCUAUCCCCAUCAGGAGUGGAAAUGGAGGCUCGGAUAUGGAGGCCAAGUUUAUCCGGCCUCUGCCAUCCGAUGAGGAGAAACACAAUCUCUCCACGAGUGUGCAGCACUCUGUCGCAGGUGCCUCGGAGAACGAGCCUCGUUCUCGUAGCUUUGACCAGACCUUGGCUUCAGAGAAAGCAGAGUGCUGUACGGAUGAGAUGCCAAAGCUGUACCAAAGCCUAGACUCAUUCAACCGAAAGCCAGGAGAUAACACUAUUCUUGAAGAGCCUCCUUUGGAGGACAGAAAUCAAAGUUUUGAUGCAACAUCAGAACUUACCAAGCCCGAUAAACCCAGUGAUGAAAAAUCUUCUUUUGAUUUCAAUCUAAAAAAGUCAGAGAUCUUGAAUGCCAUAGCUGGGUCUCGUUCUUUUUUUAACACAGAUUUUAUACGGUCCAAAAGUAUUGAUUUAGGUAAUGGUGCAAGCAUAAGAAACAAAGUGUCAGAGAAUAUUCUACCCAUAAAGGCGGCCCUGAAAAAGGCUCUACGUGGUUUUGCUCCUGGAAGAAAAGCUUGCUUUCCCAACAAACUGACAAAUACAGUGGAUCCAAGUGUGCUAAACAAAUCUUGGAACAAACUAGACAUACGUUCCUUGGAUCUUGCCCAUGUGGAAAUUUAUUCUCACAAAAAUUACAGUGCUCUGAACGCUGUCAUGCCUCAGGCAUGUGCUACGUCUUACAACGAACAGCAAGGUACUCUAGAUCAGAGUAAAAUUUCUCAAAAAUCUGGAUCCGAAGGAGAUGAAUCCUUACCCGAUUCAAAAUUUGGUUCCUGUGAAGAAAUAAAAAGUUUAGAGCCAAGUGAAUGCGAUUCGAUGAGUCCACUAGGGAGUUACUGUCGAGGCAGGAGUAGGCAGGGCUCUCAUGAUAGUUAUUACAAAACACCCAAGAUUAUUUUUGUAAAAAAUAAGUUUACAACUCAGCACAGUAGUCAGGCAUCUUUUGGUGACCCCAGUAGAACGUACUGUUCCUGUGAGACUAAAGAUUACACUUACCAUAUCAUAGAUGACCCUGAGAUUCUUUCCCACACCCCGGUUUCCGGUAUCCAGAACUCUAGAGCCAAGUAUCCGUCACCUCCGACACCCUGCCCUCAUCCCCCCACCCGUAGGACCCAGUCCGUCUCCCAUUGUCUAGACAUGACUCGACUGUCCCCUCCUUAUAUAGAUCCCGGCCCUCCCCGUCGCCACCGACACAGCAUCUCCGGCCAGAUGAGCUACUUUAGACUUAGCAGCUACGGGAUGAUGCUACACGCGCACAAGAGAGUCGGCAGUGCCAGCAGUCUCUUCUCCACUGCAGUCAUCAGUGGGUCCUCCAGUGCUCCUAAUCUUCGGGACAUGAUUCCAAACUCAGCAUCUGUCACAGCUAUAGACGGUUGUGGAGGAGUGCCGCCCAUCAGACCUCUGGAGACACUUCACAACGCUCUCUCGCUGCGCCAGUUGGACAUGUUCCUGGAUCGUAUGUCCCACGCUCUGUUGUACCGCACACCAAUCUCAUCCCCGCCCAAGCACAAGUCUCAUGCUCCUCCGCUACAAUCUCCUAGCAGCAGUAUGGUGUGGAGUGGUCCUCCAUCAUUUGUCUCCAGCAGUGGUCCAUCAUCACCCAAUGGUCUGUCAGACUUCUUCCAGCGCACCUCUGGUACAGACAGUGGUGAGAUGUCGGCCAGCAUGACCAGCAAUGAAGGGAAUGGACUAAUGGGUCCUCCGGAAAGUAACUUUUAUGGACACCGAGACAGCAUUGAGACUGCCGAUCUUUACACUUAUCCUCUCCAACAGCUGCUUCAGGGAACUGGACCUGUGGACAGCGGAGAAUCAACACCAGUAUCGGUUGGGUCAGAGAAAUGUGCCUUAGAGGAUGCAAGCUCUGGGGAUUGUAUCCACCGGUCAGUCAAUGAAACAAUUAUUGGCGAGGAUGAGGAUGAAGAGAAGACACUCACAGGCUACAGGAGGGAGGAGAACCGGCCUCGGCUCGCAGAGAUAAGAUGGACCAGGAAUGACGAUCCAGUCCAGAAGUUCUCCCACGGCAGAUUCGAGUGCAGCGAGGCCAUCAUGGAGCUGCCGUCUCAGUCGGAGGAGAUGAGUGAGAGUGAACUGAUAUUCGAUGAAGAAUUGCCAUCAUCUCCAGUCAGCUAUCACUCGGACGCAUGCAGAAAGAAGAAGAGCAAACUGACAAUGACUGACUCCGGUCUUAUGUCCUCUAGAUUUUCAGCUGUCGCCGGCCGAUCUGGUUCCUUGUGCGGAGGCGUUUUUGUAAUGGAACCUGAAAUAUUGCCUGAGGAGCCAUCCGAUCAAAAGAAGAAAUCUAAAUUUGAAGUUAACAGAGCAGAUGACUGCAGCAGAUGCAGCGAGAGUUUUGAUUCAAAGAGAAACAACAAGUUUGAAGUAAGCAAGACAGGUUCUGACGACGUAUUCAUAUCUCCUAAAAUGAGAAUGUUUCACUCUCCAGAGCCUCACUCAACAAGUAGUCCAGAGAGUUCAUCUCCAGUACUGACUCUCGCCUCGAGCGUCAAAGACAGUAGCUCCAUCUCCCGGGGCUUUGUAGUCCCUGAGUCUCCCAAGAAUCAGUAACCAACUCAGUUGGCAAACCAAUACACAACUAAGAUGCCUUUAUAAUCAAGUAUUUUUUAUAUAAAACAAACUACUAUUAGGAUAAAGAAAGCUUGUGAUAUUAAAUUACAGAAAGUAUAUUGCACAUUAUUGCCGGUCAAUGUAGAACUUUUAGAGUUUAUCUUGAAAUACUUCUUUUAGGUAAAACUAGAGACAUAAUAUUUUUCAUAUCUUAUUUUACUGACUACGGUUAUGUUUACUGGGUCAUAAUAUCUAAAUUUGAUUUCCUUAGCAUCAGGCAAUCUAUUUUACUCAUUUUAGUAACUUUGAAAUAGGAGAAUACUAAGAAUAAACCUCUUGAUAAAAUAUCAACAUUGGAAUUGAAAAUAAUUUUGUUGGCUAACAAUAUUUUUAAUUAUUAUAAAUUGACAUUUUAAUUAGAGUUAAGAAGUUAAAUUAAUGUUUUACUGUUGAUGUGUUGCAAAUUUUUAUUACUUGUUUAACUGUCAGGUCUGUCUACUGUACAAAGACAAAUUCAACUUAGUAGCCGUUUGUAGUUAUAGGUGAAUGGUGCUAUCUGAAAACAAUAUAUAAGAUACUAAGUGUGCAUACUUUUACAAUAUGUGAUAGCACUAUGGCAAUUUGGUCAAUUUCAAAAUAUUUUCGAAAAUUUAAGCCACACUUUUUAAAUCUGUUAUUUGGUAUGAGUUAAUAAAUACAUCAGCAAGGUACAUGUCAUAAUAUGUGAUACAUCAGAUAAAAUACAUGCUAUCUGUGAUGCCACAUGCCAUAAUGCUAUCAACCCUGUGUUUCCUCCCCACCAAUACCACAGAACAGUUCCACUGGGGUACAUCAGCAAAUAAGAGAACAACUCAGUGUGUAAAUAGCCCCAUUCAAAAGUAACUGGCAGACUGUCUCUUUAUCAACCAUUCAGUUGUCACCCAGACAGGUACUAGGAACCAACCAGGAUCUGUCUAAGAAAUCGUACACACUAAUUAUUUAUUGAUUUGAAAUUCAUUUAUAAACAACAUUGAACAUUCUUUUUAUAAGCAAUAAAAUCCGGAAUACAUUAAUAAAAAUUUAUAAUCAAAUCUCUAAAAAUAAAUCUAACAAGUGAUCCAUUAAAUAAUCAUGAUUUACUUAAAAAGAAGAAGAUAUGCUCCAAAUGUUCUGUCAUUAAAAAUAUUUUUACGUGUUACAUAAUUUUUGCGGUGCAUUAUAUUUUAAGCUAAUGUACGGUGUUUGUAAACUAAGAUACUGUAGUAAAUAACCAUAAUAGUGUUGUACAGAGAUAAUAUGUGAUUCAAUUUUAAAAGGGAACAUAAUAUAGUUUGUUGAAUAUGAAUUCCUUAAUUAUUUUGGUAUUUUAAUUUUUUAAUCAAUAUGUUUUAAUUAUUUAUAUGACCAAUGUACACGGGUUAUUAAUAGUAAGUUAUCAGGUUGAUCUUGCUCCAAUUACGUUCUUGAUAAAAUCAAUUUUAUUAUAAAAAUAAUCAUUAUUAUUGUCGUUACAUUUAUUGUAGUUUAUACUGAACGGUAUUAUUAGGUUAGAGAUUGAUUAUGUUUAGAGUAGAGCAUUGAUAAUAUGGGUUAGUUAGGACCGGAGCCCUUCCAAAUUAUCUGGAUUCUCAAAACGAACCCAUAAAAUUUCAGUAUGUCUUCACCAAAAACCUUGCUAAAAUCAUCUGUAACUCACUGUAAUGGUUAAUAAAUCCAUUACUAUAAUAUGAUUCUAACAUGUUUUACUAUAGGAAAAUAAUAUUCUUCAGAUCAGCAUUACCUUAAUGAUUGAGUCAUUUUAUUUUGUUAAAUUGUUGAUGCUCUACUGUACUGUAUUUCCAAAUAUUGUUUGGUAAUACAUUUGUUUUACACUUUUUUAGUCAACCAUAAUACUUUAUGCAGAAUAAUACUCUGUUUAUUUGUAAAAAAUCAGUGUUUGUUAUCAGUUUUAAUUGAUUUAUAAUACUUCUAAUUGCUGGUAAUAAGUGAGAUCCUGUUUAUUGUAACAUUUUGAGUUGUAAUAGAAUAAAUAAUUUAAAUAAAGAUGAAUUUUAUGCAA